GCUGAGCUUCAUCAUAAUCGCAACGGCGGUGAAUAGAAAAAGACACGCGAAUCGAAAGAUCCAAAAGUAUUAUCCAAGAUGUCCGUAGUGCCCCUGAUGUUCCGUGAUUGGUGGGAUGAACUCGACUUUCCAAUGCGCAGCUCGCGCCUAUUGGAUCAGCACUUUGGCCAGGGUCUCCGGCGGGAUGAUCUGAUGUCCUCCGUGUGGAACUCUCGCCCCACAGUCCUGAGAUCCGGCUACCUGCGUCCCUGGCAGAAGAACAGUCUGCAGAAACAGGAAUCCGGCUCGAAUCUGACCAUCGAUAGUGAGAAAUUCGAGGUUAUUCUGGAUGUCCAGCAGUUCUCGCCCAAUGAGAUCACCGUCAAGGUGGCGGACAAGUUCGUGAUUGUGGAGGGAAAGCAUGAGGAGAAGCAGGAUGAGCAUGGAUAUGUCUCCCGUCAGUUCUCCAGACGUUACCAGUUGCCAAGUGAUGUCAAUCCCGACACUGUGACCUCCUCGCUCUCCUCCGAUGGUCUGUUGACCAUCACGGCGCCCAUGAAGAAGCUGCCACCACCCUCGACUGAACGCCUUGUGCAAAUCACACAGACUGGUCCCUCCUCCAAGGAGGACAAUGCCAAGAAGGUGGAAACCUCCACGGCCUGAGGCUGAGUUUAGUUUAACGCUUUGAGCAAUUAUUAGUGUAUGUGUCUACGUGUGCCUUAAAUAUUGGACUUUUUACAAGAUUUUUGAAAAAUAUUUUAUAACAAUUAAAAAAAGAAACUAAAGAUAA